UCGUGUGCGGUUUCAGGCUCCACGAUUCCUUUCGUGUCUGUUAAGCGGACGCCUAUUUCUGUAAUACGUGAUUCACAUGAUAUUCGAGUACAAGAAGAGAGAAAAAAAGAAGUCGGCCAUUCGUUACGACUGUUGGUCAGCAUGAGCCGUAGGACGUGGCGUUUCUUCUCGACGCAGAUUAGAUGCCGGGGCUGUUUCCUGCAACCUGCAAUCAAGUAAUUCCAAGAAAAUCCGGGAUUAGCCAUUUGUUUCACUUGUCAUUUGGUGUCCCCAUCCGCCUCCCAUUAAUUUAUCUUCCCGUCAUCAAAUCGCCGAGAAAGAGAGUCAAGUGCCCGUUUGUUUUUGUUGAUUGACCAGACCCACUCUACCGAUUCGUCGAGUUUAUCAACCUGCGCCUGAUCGCACCAUUUAAAGGAAACGACCGUUCGCGCUCAGCAAUUCACCAUGACCCAAAACAGGUGUGCCGACUACCAAAUUCCUUUGCGGCUGCUCCUUGCGGUGGCGGUCGUUUGCCUGGCGACUGGCAUCGAGUCGCGAGCUCAAUUCAGCAACAUGCGAGUCUUCCGAACGAAUGGCAUGUUCAACAAGGACCACUGGCGUCCGAUGGACAUUUUGAAAUCGUUCAAAAUUAACAAAGAACAGGAAACGGACUCGUCGAGGGCGGCCGAAAUCGUGAGCGCCAGUUCGAUCAAACGCGUGAGCAUGGCGUCGCUUUUGCAACAAUUGAAUCAAGUGAGCAGCGGAAAGAAAGACGUCUUCUUCCCCACUCCGAUCGCAACCAAGCAGGAGGAAAGCAGCAGUCUGUCCAUUCCAGUCACCAUCAUCGAAUCGAAUCAUUCCGCCAUAACUCCGGUCGUCAAGGAGAGCACGAUUCGUCGCGUCAAACUUCCAGCCGGAUCCAUUUCUUAUUCGAGAAACGGACCCGCCUCGAACGGACCGUCCAUUUUGCUCAACAUCAACCCUCAUCUUCAACGCUCGACGAGAUUUCCCAGUACCGAGCCACCAACAACCACCGAGCCGGCUACUACUACAACAACAACCGAGCCAUCAACAACGACUGAGCCAUCAACAACGACGACGACGACCGAGCCAUCGACUUCUACGGCCACAGAGCCGUGCGUGACCAAAGUUUACGUCAAAGCCAAACCAAUUGAACAACAAGCGGCUAAACCUUAUGGUAACAAGGCCAAAACGCCCGCUUCGGUCAGAGCCGACAACAUCUUAGCCUCCAGUAAGAAAUUGAGCCAAAUGCCCAACUCGCCCAUCUACUACAUCAAGUUGCCGGCCUCCUCUUUCGUCUCGGGUCGAACUCCGCAUAAGGAAGACGCAGUCCCGUUCGAUUUUUUCAAGCAGUCGCCCAUCUUUGUGGCCACCACCAGACGACCGAGUAAUGGCGGCAACAACGUCGUCGAGGAGAUCAUCACGACCGAGUCCCCAUCGGAGACUUUGUUAUCGACCACGACGAGAUCCCCGCCGCGUACCAAUUCGCGCGUCAUCAACAUCAAGGGACCGUUCGUUUUCAACGGCAAACCGGGCGGCAUCUAUUCGGCUCCAGCUCCGUACAGGCCGCCCAACUAUUUGGAUCUUCUCCAUCAAUUAUACCCGAAACUCAAGAGGGCUCAAUUUAUCAGACGCUGAAGAAGCAUAAUUU